UGCAGCUGCUGGUGUGUGAAGUGGUUGCGUGCCCACACUGCAUUGUUGUGUGGCGCGCGCUGAUUGCUGUGAUGUGACACACAACCACGAGCAAAGCAAGCGAGCAACAUGGGUGGCGACGCAAUGCACUCAGCCGCUUUCUUGGUAGCCAACCAACCGUUUGAGACAUUGGUGAUCGUUGUGGCGCUUGCCAUCUUGGCGACGGACGUAACGAGAGCUUUCUUCAUGUGACAUACUCAUACAUUGUGAGUGACAUGAUGUGAAGCCCGUGUGAGUUAGGCUUGUGUUUCUUGUGUGCUUACUCGUGCACCUGAAAGCUUUCGUCAGCCUUCUCUCAUCAGCAUAUCACUGGUGGUGCAGCAACACGCACGAACCACCGUGCUCUUCCCAGGCCUUCCCUUGUGUUUAUGCCCUGAUGGUCUUGCACGUUGGCGCACAAUCAUUUUCAUCAUCACCAUCAGCAUCAGCCGCUGUCACACACCUGCCGCAACACACUGCAUACACACACACACACACACUUGUGCCGGCCCUCUCUCACGCACAUACACAUACACGUACACGCACACCUUGCUGUUGGAUUCUGACACCACCUGAUACAGCCACACAGCACCGACCAGCCCUUCGUGUUCUUUUGGGCUUGUUCCUCCCCUUUCCUGCAGCCGUUUGGGCCUAUCCCGGUCUCUUUUGCUCUGACGCAGGCGCUCGAGGAAGGACCAUCAUCCAGCAGAACAACAAGGAGAGGAAAAAAUCCACACCUUCCCUUCCCCCGAACAGCUCACUCGCACACACAUCCCGCCCAAGCCUCAACCACGCCAAUCCAAUCCAAUCCAACCACACAGGCAGCUUUUCACCUGACACAGACAUCGACACGACACGACAUCCCCAAGCCAUUCCAAAAAGCCGGUGGACCUAGCAAGCCAGCGGGCCUUGACCCAGUUCAGCGAACGUGCUGUGCUGGUCGCGACCUCCUUUCCUUGUCUUGCUCUUGCGCAGCAGCAACUCAACCAACCCAACGGAUAGACACUGCGCCGCGUCUCAUUCGCUCUCGCACCUGACCUCGUGUGUGCGUUUCUGCGACGACUUUGUCAACUUCAUCUCGGCACACCAUCAACCGACCAACCAACCACCAGCAAGCCCUCAUUUCCCCCCAGUGCUCGUCGCCCGCGACACCACCACCACCAGUGGAGCCUUUUAUUGGCGACAGCAACCACAGCAACCACACAGACUCAACAGCACAUACACGUGUACACAUCACAAUGCCGCCUGCGACAACAGCGAAUGCUGGCUUCUACGCCAGCAUUGAUAGCUUGCUCCAGCCUGAACCGGUACAAACCGCAUCGUUUGGCUCGCUCUCCAAAUCAGAAGAGUCCCAGGAAUGCCCCAUCUGCCUCGAUCCGGAUUGCGACCAGCGCCUGUACCGCCUGAAGGACUGCGGCCACGUUUUCCACAAGGACUGCCUGACAGAGUGGCUGCAAUGCCAGACCACGUGCCCGCUGUGUCGGGCCAUGCUGCACGCCGCCAUCGAGCUUCGCUACCGCGGCCACUACAGCGUGGAGAACAAAAGCGCGACGCCAAAGGCCAUGCACUCGCUCCUGCACCGUCUCAUCGACAAGGUGGCCAGCGCCGGCAUGUUCAGCAAGUUCAACCGGUGCGUGCGCGGCGGGUUCAACUGCGACUCGACUAACAUCAUCUUCACCACGCGGGAGGGCCUCUCGGAGGGGCAGCCACCACGCCACGUCGUCCGCCUCUUCAAGCGCAGCGACCCCUCCCCCGAGGACAGCGUCAACAUCGACCUGGGCAACAUGAGGGAAAUCUACUGCAGAGGGCGCUACUGCCUGCUGGCGUCGUUUGUUCCUGGUCAGGGCACAGACCGCUAUCGCGUGCAUGUGUUUGACGCGGGCAACUCGAACCGCGCCGCUGCCGUCUUCUCGAAACUGCGCGAGGUGUGCGAGCCGCGAUCAUACAUCAGGGGGGUGCGCUACGAGUGAAUUACGAGUGGACGCCUUUUUUUUUUUUUCCCUCACGUCCCUUUGUCGUUCACGAGCAUGCUUCAUGCAUCUGCCACCCUUUCGCUUCCUCCACCCUCCCACUCUCCUCUCUCUGUGUGAGCGCGCUUGCCCCGCUGUUUAUAUCUAAAGGUUGGUCAUUGGCUUGUGGUGGCUGUUGUGAUGGUUGUCGCACACGCUUUGAUGAUGGCCUCCCCUCCCCUCCCCGCCAUGAACUUUGAUUUGAUGGUCUAAUGGACGUGUCGUGUACGCAUGCGUACGCGCACCUCUUCUUGUUGUAUCGUGAUAGUUGACAGCAUAACUGACUGCUCUUUGGCGUGCGCGCGCGCGUGUGUGUGUGUGUGUGUCUCCCACCCCAAGGACGCUUGCUUGCCUUGACCCCUCCCUCGCCCUUGUACAUAUGGUCUGCGAUGUUGGGGGUGGCUCUCCUUGUCUCUCGUUGGUGGGGUCGCGGGUAGAUGAUGCCUUGAUGGUGUGAGAGAGUGUGGCUUCGUUGUGUGUUUGUGGUGCUUACCAACAUCUGUUACAGCAACCGCGUGCACGUCUACUGCUUGUGUUAUUUUUUCUUGUUCUUGUACUGCGCGUGCGCCAGGGUGUGUGUAAGGCGCAUAUCAUAGAAAAGGAAACAUUCA